AUGAGCUUCUCUGGAGGAACGACUGGAAAUAGCAAUCCCUGGAAAGCUAAAAACAAACAACUGUUACCUUUGUACUAUAAAGACAAGCCAACUUUACGGUCUUCCAAGAAAAAUAAAAUUAUGACAGUUUUGAAAUUUUUCCUUGGUUCUCUCGUAGUUUACUUUUUGUAUCAAUACUUGGGAACCCAAAAGGUUCAAUUAAGAGGUGUUGAUUGGAAAUCUCGGCAGAAUGAAGUGAGAGAUGUAUUUUUGGAGUCAUGGCAAACUUAUAAAAAGUUUGGAUGGGGUAGCGACGUCUAUCACCCCAUCAAGCAAAAGGGUGAAAAUAUGGGGCCAAAGCCACUUGGUUGGAUCAUUGUCGAUUCUUUGGAUACCUUGAUGUUGAUGGACGCACAGGAUGAAGUGAAAGACGCGAAAGAAUGGGUUACCCAUACUUUGGAUUAUGACUUCGAUUAUGAAGUUAAUGUCUUCGAAACCACUAUACGAAUGUUGGGUGGCCUUUUAUCUGCACAUCAUCUAAGUAAAGAAGAUAUUUACUUGGAUAAAGCUGUUGUUUUAGCUAAUUCGUUGAUUGGUGCCUUUGAUAGCCCCACUGGUAUUCCUUACUCCUCAGUUAACUUGAAAACUGGUGCUGGAAUUAAGAACCACGUAGACAUGGGAGCAUCGUCUACUGCAGAAGUAGCAACUCUACAAUUGGAAUUGAAGUAUCUUUCUCAUCUCACUGGUGAAGCAUUAUUUUGGCAGAAAGCUGAAAAGAUCAUGGAAGUUCUUGAUGCAAAUAAGCCUGAAGAUGGAUUAGUUCCUAUAUACGUAAAUCCUGAAACUGGUAAAUAUCAAAGUAACUUGAUUAGACUAGGUUCACGUGGGGAUUCAUAUUACGAAUAUUUAUUGAAGCAAUUCAUGCAGACUAAUAAUCAAGAACCUGUCUACUGGGAUAUGUAUCGUGAAUCUGUUGCUGGUGUCAAAAAGCAUUUGGUUCGAAAAUCUUAUCCAAAUCAGCUUACUUUCAUAGGUGAGUUGGAACGGGGAAUAAAGGGCCCAUUCUCAAGUAAAAUGGACCAUCUAGUUUGUUUUUACGGAGGAUUAUUGGCUGUUGGUGCAACAAAUGGUCUUACUUACGAUGAAGCAAAGAAGUUAUCCACAUGGGAUGAAGAAAGAGAAUCGGAUUUUCAGUUAGGAAAAGAUUUGACGUAUACAUGUUAUAAGAUGUACCAAGACGUUGCGACGGGUUUAUCGCCAGAAAUUGUUGUUUUCAAUGAAGAUAAAAGCAAGAACGAAGAUUUCAUAAUCAAAAAACUCGAUAGGCAUAACCUACAGCGCCCUGAAACAGUUGAGUCACUCUUCUACUUGUAUAGACUCACUGGUGAUGUCAAGUACAGAGAGUACGGUUAUGAAAUCUUCCAAAACUUUGUAAAGUAUACUAAAGUGGUUAAUAAGCAGGGCGAUGUUUCUUAUACUUCUUUGGAGGAUGUAACAGUAAUUCCACCGAUACUUAAAGAUAAUAUGGAAUCCUUUUGGUUCGCAGAAACCUUGAAGUACUUAUACCUUUUGUUCGAUGAUGAGAACAAAAUUCCAUUAGAUGAAUACGUAUUCAAUACUGAGGCUCAUCCAUUCCCCAAAUUUGACUUAUCGAAGUUAUUAUUUACAGGGUGGAGAAGAAAAAUUGAUUUCAACAAGGAACCUAGUAUGCAAGAGUCGAAAAUCAAAAUCGACAAGCAUCAUGUACCUGAAGCUGCACCAGUUAACAAACCCAUUGAUGACGCGCUUAGGGAAGAAGUCAACAAGCAUCCUGAAAUAGUAAAGGAUUCGAGACUAGAUAAAAAAGAGAAAUUGGACCAAUUAUUAGGGGACAUAGAUUAG